GACGAGAAUAUAAACAGUUUAAACAUCUGCUGAACAUCUGCUAAACACCUCGGUUUACAAAAAUCAUCAAGUCUUACAGUAAGUCAGGCACUAGAGUGCUUGGCAGGUCUCCCAGAGGUUGUGGGAAAUCCCAUUGUCUCCAAAUAUGGAUAUCCUGUCUCUAUCUCCCUCCCUUAUCCCGGAGCCCUGCUUCACUUUCCUCUUGAGAGAAAAGAAACUGAUGCCAACCAAUGAGAAGCCCCUCCUCUUAGGGCUCCGACCAAUAGCAUUCAGGCACAAAAGUGAAAGUGUAGACCAGAGAGGGAACAAAAAGGGAAGGAUGCUGGCUGGUGUGAUUAAACAGACAUGUGGUACGGCAAAGCACAGAGCUUGAGAGAGAAGUCAGGAGCUAUGAAGCUGCUGCCGGAGAACAUCAAGGUGUUUUAUUUCGCCAGUGACAGCCAGGAGCCGUAUGUUCAGAUUAUCACAGUGAAGGACGCCAAGCGGCGCCUGAGCCUGUGCAGCUUCGAGGGCUCCGAGGGCUCCGAGGGCUCCGAGGCGGAAGAGCCCGAGUACCAGGAGGAAGCUGGAGAUGCUCUCCUCCCCGUCCUGGCCGACCACAGCCAGCUGCUGGAUGACCAACACCUGGAGAGACUCGCUGCUCACAUGCCAGCCAGGACUCAGGGCUAUCCGUGGCAGCUGGUCUACAGCACGGCCAUCCACGGGAGCAGCCUGAAGACUCUGUACAGGAACAUGUCCGGCCUGGACAGCCCCGUGCUGCUGGUCAUCAAAGACCUGCACAAACAGGUGUUCGGGGCUUUUUCUUCCGAUCCAUUCAGAGUCAGCAAACAGUGCUAUGGCACCGGAGAAACCUUCCUGUUCAGCUUCAACCCCGACUUCCAGGCCUACAGGUGGAGCGGUGAGAACUCCUACUUUGUGAGCGGCAACUUGGAUUCCCUGCAGAUUGGUGGAGGAGGGGGCGGAUUUGGUCUGUGGCUGGACGCUGAUCUGUACCACGGCUCCAGCUUCUCCUGUCCCACCUUCCACAACGCGUCUCUCUCCACACACGAAGACUUCAUCGUACAAGACCUCGAAGUCUGGACCGUACGGAACUGAAGGGACAACGUCUGAAAAGACGAGCUAAAAACAAAGUAUAGAACCCACUGUGCUGUCUGAAGUUACACGACUUCAAGUGUGGUUUUAGCCACUACUGUACAAAACCUGAUGGAGCAGCUGCUGCUAUCUGUGCACCGGGCUCAGAUUAGCCCACAUGCAGAAGCACAAGUCUGUUCUAUAGCGGUUCUCAGGCUGGACUUUCUGUUUACGCUGGUUUUAUCCAAGUGUCCAGAUGAAAUCCUGCGAUUCAGGGUCCCUGCUGCUUUAAACUACCGGCUAUUCAUCAGUAGCCGCGAGCUAAGUCCAGUCAGUAACUGGCAUCUGACACUGUAAGCCCUCCAUGCCCUCCAUGCCCUCCCCUCCGGGAGCAUUAUAACACAAAGUUCACAGUAAUGCUGUUGAAUAAGAAGUUCGUAACUAUUCUAAGCACAUUCAGGAUUUAAGGAAAAUCGUUUUCUCUAUUCUGUCUAACGAGUGUUUACGGUGUGUAUCUGUGUGUACGUCUGCAUAUGUGUUAUUUACUGUCAUGGCCCCGACGAUGAUGUGAUUAUGAAAAGAUGAUGAAACAAACUGAGCACAUAAAGGGCUAUAUAAAACUAAACACUGUAACAUGAUAGGACCCACUGUGGCCUAUCUGCUCUCUAAUUGUACUUGUUUUUUCUAACAUGAGUUCUGGUUAAUGUUCUCCAUUUGAAACUGACUACUGAUGAUGAAGAGCGACCCACUCAGGUUGAAAAAUAAACGUACAGAGUUGCACUAUAAAUGACGUUUUAAUCUGUGAUGUGGUUUGUGGAGGAAGAGGACUCAACUGUUAACCGUCACUUCUGUUUCUGGGAAAGUGAGACACCUGCCUGCCUAUUUGCAUAAAGAGACAAUAUUAAGGAACCAUUUCAAGUCUUUUACAUACUUUUACCAUCUAUCUAUCUAUCUAUAUCUAUAUCUAUAUAUAUAUAUAUAUAUAUAUGGUGCCGGCACCGCCAGUGUUGUUUCGUGGAACCACAUUAAAAUGAGUCUUUCCUGGUGAAAGACAACGUUUUCAUUCAUAUUUUAUUGUGAAUAAACCCUUAAAACAACAA